AGGUCGAGAACAGUUUUGUUGCCUUGACGCCUUGUACAGCACAAACUUCAAAGAGUAUUUUAAGUGCGAUUUUUGAAACUCAUCCUACUAUCCUUCAUUCUCGUACUAAGCGAACGUGUCGAGAACAGUUUUGUUGCCUUGACGCCUUGUACAGCAUUAUUUCAGAGUCUUCGCAAACACUUCAAAGUGUAUAUUAAGUGCGAUUUUUGAAACUCAUCCUACUAUCCUACAUUCUCGUACUAAGCGAACGUGACAACCCAUACGUCCUGUACGGAGCAUGUAAGUGUACCUCAUCACAUCUUAAUUUCACUGUGUCAGUGCAUUUGGGAGGUGGAGUAGAGUCCUCGUAUUAACUUUUACGGCGUCGAAAUGAGUCUGCAUACCAAAGUGUGUCUUGUGGUAUUGGGGACCUUCAUAGCCUUUCUUCUCGUUCAAAACGAAUGUAGAAAGCUUGAAGGAUACAAGUUUCCAGUGUACACAACGGCUUUUUGUCCCAGAAUUCAAACAGAAUGGACUGAAAGGUCGUCAGCUCUAAAAUGUAACAAAAGUAACGGCUACAUGUGUAUACCAAACGAAAGCAUCGAUCAGCUCUUGGAGUUCUGUUACAGAGAACCUGUUGAGAGAGUUCAGAAAGGUAUUUGUUUAUAUCUAAUAAAAAGCGUUUCACUGGUUCAAUCAUACAACUGCAGUCGUUUUACGCGAGGAUGCCCUGAUCACUCUUUCUUCAGCAGUGAAUUUUUCAAACAUCCGGCUUGCAUUUCAAUUGGAAAUAGAUGCUUUCUUGCUGAAAAAUCUUGUAAAAGUAUAACGCCACCUCAUAUUCAAAGUACCACACAGCAAUUUGAGAGUGUCAACAAAUGGAAUGGAAGUACAACAACACACCCUCAGCAAUCGUCAGAACAUCCUCAAUUAGACAAUGUACCGAUCAACGACAAUGACGACGCUUUAUUAGUUCCAAUCCUUUUAGGAAUAUUCAUUCCUCUCUGUUUUCUCUCUUUGCUGUGCGGCUACUACAUAAAAAGAAAACAUCAAAUAUGCAGAACUAAUGGUGAUGUAGAAAGCUCAGGACAGGAAAAUCUUUUAAAAAAUAAAAAAGAAAAACAUGAAGAGGAAGAAAUAAAACCAUUAAUCGGUGAUGAAAAAUAUGAUGGUAAAGGAGCAGAUAGUCGUGAAAAGGAGGAAAUUAAUGCAAUAACUAAUGCUGAUCAAAAAGACAAGAGGAUUUCGGAACAUCAGGAAGGUUUAUUACCAAUUCAAUCUAGUAAAUGUUACGAGGAUAUGGCAGUCAAAGGUAUAAACCCAAAACACAAAGUAAAAAUCUAAAGUUUUAAACUGUCAAUAUUAUAUACAAUAGAAUCAACUUAUGAUAAACAAGAAACUAAUAAAUUAUAAACUGAUGAAUUUGCAGAUUAAAGGAGAUGUAAUUUUUCCACAAUAUCAGUAACGGGAAAAUUUGUUUAAUGAUACGUUGAUCUCCA